AUGUUUCUGUGCAAUUCGUUCUUUGCACUAACGGUUUUGGCGUCCUCGGUGGCUCCAGUCCAUGUCGCAACGAAAGUUCUUCAAGAUGAAUUCAAUUGCAAGAUCAGUGGCACCACCAUGACGCCCGAGAAACGAAAACGUUCUGUGUAUCUGGCUAACGCUUAUCGUACAAUCGCAACAACCGGCGUAUUUGGGUAUCCACCUAGUCAGAACAUGUAUCAGCUGAACUAUUCCUGCUUGGCUGAGGAAUACGCUAUGAUGCUCUCCAAUCAGCAAGCAUCACUCAAUCCUGUUGGGAAGCUGUCCUCUGACCCAAUAGCAGCAGAAUUCGAAUUGUGGUGGGGCAAUCACGACUUUGGUGCCUUUUUCAAUAGCACUGCCGUGUGUAGUCCUAAUUUCGACUACACCGCAUUUUCUCAAUUGGUUUCGGGGUACGCUGUCAGCAUAGGGUGCACCGAUACGUGCUAUGGCCAAAAGCAGGCGUAUUGCGCAUUCGAUGUCUGGUUAGUUUAG